UCACCUAGUGGAGACAGGCAUAGACUGCUGGUUACGGUAUCUACUUUGAUCAAGUAAAGUUUUAAGUGAAAUCACCUUUUCUUUUUUUCACCAACUGUGUCUCCAGAGUCACUAACCGUUUCAUAGAAUAUCUUCAGCCCCGCCGACCAAGUCUUACAGCAGCUCUGAUUGUUUUUUCCCAACAAGGCUUCAUCAGGAGCUUCUUCUUGCAGCAGUUGGGUGUGGACCCUAAGAAGCUGACCCUCCCUGUCACUGUUCCAUCUAAACUGAAAAAAAGAAUCCAACCUGAAUUGAAAAUAACAUAAACUCAUAUUCAUGAUGUGCUGUUUUGCAAUAUCAUUUUCCCAUCAUGGCGGAGAGUGCAGACAUGGACCAGCUCCUGACAUCUUUUAAAAGGUUUGCUGUUCAUGGAGACACAAAAGCAUCAGGGAAGGAGCUUAACGGGAAGAACUGGGCCAAACUUUGUAAAGACUGCAAGAUCACUGAUGGCAAGAAUGUCACCAGCACAGAUGUGGACAUUGUCUUCACUAAAGUCAAACAAAAGACAUCCAGAAUGAUGACAUACGAGGAGUUUCAGAGAGCUCUGGAGGAGCUGGCUCCAAAGAGGUUCAAAGGUCAAAGUAGAGAGGAGGCGCUGCAGUCCAUCUUCAAACUAGUGGAAGGCAAAGAGCCCAGCAAUGUGGGAGUAACGAAAGUGGCAAAAGCGGGUGCGGUGGAUCGUCUGACGGACACAUCGCGCUAUACAGGAUCACACAAAGAACGCUUUGACGAGAGCGGAAAGGGCAAAGGUCGUGAGGGCCGUGAGGAGAUUGUGGAGAACACCGGUUAUGUGGGAGCGUACAAGCACGCUGGAACCUACGACAACAAGCUCAAGACCGAGAAAUAGGAUGGGAAGCUGCUGAUCCUGACAGUAACCAUGACAGUCCCUUCAGCUCUCAGUGGACCAAACCUCUUCAUGUUAGAACUGUACAACUGUACAGAAACAUGGAUGCGACAAAGGUAAUGCAGUUUAAAAAAUAUGUGCCAAACCUUCCCAACUGAAUCGAUUCACACGUCGCUCAUAUUUGACCCUGAUCUGACAGUUAAAGCCACAGUAACCUAAAAUGAAGCUCAUUUGUUCCUCUAAAACUGACAUGUUAAAACUUGUCGGCUCACAGGUUAUGGAGCUGCUGUAUGUCUGUCCUGCUGUACUCAUCAUCUGAUCAAUAACUAAACACACCAUGUCUUUGAUUAUUCAGCCUACACAACAGCUUCAGUGUGUGUUGAUGUCCAGUAAACUUUGUAGCAGCUUUUGCAUAAUCUUUAUGUGUUUUUGACAUGUUCUUUAUCAUCAUGUCUCUGUUAAGCUCUGAUGUUGAUGAUUAUGUUGUAUAAAUAAAGGCAGAGAUACAAGGA